AUGGAUGCUUUUGACGUGGCAACACUCAAUAUCGAAAGUUUCAGAACCCAACCUUAUAUAAUGUCUGAUGAUGCAGAGCAACAAGCUGAAGAAAUAGAAGUUCUCAAAUCAAUUUAUGAAGGAGAUGAAAACUUUAAACAAAUUGAUGAUAAAACUUAUCAAUAUAAGUACAUAGAUGGAGAAAAAUCAUUUAUAUUGGAGAUAUCAUGGGGACCUACCUAUCCAACAGAGAAACCUAACUUUAAUAUGGAUAUUUUUUACAAUCAGAAUCUAUUACCCUCAACGAAGCAGAAAGUAUUGUCCAUAGUGAAUGCUGAAGCGGAACAAUGGCUCGGUUGCGCAAUGACCUACACACUGUUCGAGUGCCUGAAGGAACAUUUAGCAGAUAUACUCUCCGAACAGGCUGAGGAAGUCAUUAUAUCAAAUAGAGUGGAAAAAAUAGAGAUAGAUGAUCAGAAUGACGUCACUAAGAAACCGGAGAAGAAAGAACAGCUAACAAAAUCUCAGAAACGGCGAGCGUGGGACAAGGCGGAGUUAGGCCGAGCUGGGGAAAAGCCCCGCGGCUACGACUGGGUAGACAUCGUCAAGCAUUUAUCUCACGUACCACACCAGCCCGCGUCAUGA